ACACAAGUCCACAACUGUUUCACAGGGAAACACCUGUCUGAAUUGAAUCUCUCGAUUUCAAACUUGAUUGUGGCAAGGACGUGCCAUACAAUUUUUAAAGUGCGAAAUCUGUCAGUUUAUUAGCUCAGUGUUGUCUGCUACUUCACUUGUUUUCAACGUUUCAUUUAAUUUCGUUGAUCUUUUCCCUUCAAGGUUAGGGUAGUACAAAACUUAACAUUAGUUAUUACAAUUCCAGGAAAUGUGAGUUUGUGAAGGUUAUUACUGGAACUUGGAUGACGUAAUUUUGGUCGAUAUUUUCAAACGUUUUCAAAAUAAUUAUUAACGACGCCAUCUAGCGAACAAUUGAUGAAGCCUCUUCUUCACAGGCUAGCCUCUACAUAGUCUCUUAAUGGCGUCUCUCGUGAUUUUGCGUGCUGCACCCUCCGUAGUAGCUCUCGUAUUCUUUUGACGGUCACGUAGACCAUACACGCAACGAUGUGUUGUACUCUUGUCGUUUGUAAUGUCGAGACCAACGGUUCUUGAAAGCUCUUCAAAAUUGCGUUACUUGUUUGAGACUGAAAAGUUUUGACAGCUGUUCCCCCCAGCCAGCCUUCGUUAUUUGACCCCAAUAACAAUAACACAACACACACAAAGUCACCAUGGACUACGAUCCCAACAACACCAGUUCAGGCGGGCCCAAGAUCCAAGUCUUUCGUCCCACGUGGGAAGAAUUCAAAGAUUUCAACAGUUACAUCAUUGAAAUAGAGAAAAGAGGGGCGCACAAAGCAGGUCUGGCCAAAAUCAUCCCCCCACCUGAGUGGAAACCCAGGGCUGAUGGCUACGAUAUGAACAUUAUCGGUGAAAUUGACAUCCCUGCACCCAUCUCCCAGGUUGUUCAAGGCAAGCAGGGAGUCUAUCAAGUUUUCAACAUUCAGAAAAACUCUAUGAAAGUGAAAGACUUUAAACGUCUGGCCAACAGUGCCAAACACGCCACGCCACCUCAUUUUGACUACAAAGAUCUUGAUCGUAAAUAUUGGCGCAACAUUGCUUACUGCCCACCCAUUUACGGGGCAGAUGUCUCAGGCAGCCUUACAGAUCCUACCGUUAAAGAGUGGAAUAUCAAUAAACUUGGAUCCAUUUUGGACUAUGUCAAUGAAGAUUACGGGAUCAGCAUUGACGGAGUCAACACUGCAUACCUGUACUUUGGAAUGUGGAAGAGCUGUUUUGCUUGGCACACGGAAGACAUGGAUCUUUACAGCAUAAACUACCUUCACUUUGGAGAGCCAAAGAGUUGGUAUUGUGUUCCUCCUGAGCACGGAGCCAGGCUGGAAAGGCUAGCGAACAAUUUCUUCACUGCCAAUUACAAGGAAUGCCCAGCAUACCUGAGGCACAAAAUGUCGGUCAUUUCUCCGAUGGUGUUGAAGAACCAUUCGAUCCCUUUCAACAAGAUCGUCCAGGAAGCCGGUGAAUUUAUGGUCACCUUUCCGUACGGCUACCACGCCGGCUUCAACCACGGAUUCAAUUGCGCCGAGUCGACGAAUUUCGCCUCACCUCGCUGGGUCGAGUACGGCAAACGAACCACUCACUGCGCCUGCCGACCAGACAUGGUCAAAAUCAGCAUGGAAACAUUUGUCAAACGAUUCCAACCGGACAGAUACGACCUCUGGGUUCAAGGUAAAGAUAUCGGGUCGCAUCCGGAAAUUCCCGGCCGUAAUUCAGCUGCUCCCCAUCCAUCGAAAGAUGAUCUCCUCUGGAACAAGGACUACACGGAUUUGCCGGAAAGUUUUGUGGAGCCGACCAACAAAAAGUCUAAACGCCACUUGAUUCACCAGAAACUCGAGCAGGAACAACAGCUGGCUGAGCAAAAGCUACAGCUGGAUCAGGAGAUCAAAUCAGAAGAAAUUUCAGUGAAAGCAGAGACUGUCGGAGGUCCAGUCGACGUGGAGGAAGACCUCAACGACGACGAGCACUUUGAAGUGAUGAAGGAGAUUUAUUACAAGGCCGGCGAGAUGGAAAGCGACGGAAUGGAAGACUUGAAGAGUGAGCAGGAAGAAGUGGAAGAAUGGGACCCUGAAACCGGUGGAUUAGACAACAAACCGAAACCUGUCGCCAAGAAAUCGGUCAAGAGAAACAAAUCAAAGACGAAUGCGGAUGCGAAUUCCGCCAGCGUGAAACAGCGUCGCACCAAAUCCGAGUCGGCCCCACGGCCCGUUUCUCCGCGAUCUCAAGUCGUCCGCCUUGUGGAAGCCUCGACUGCUCCAAUUGUUAAAUGUUCGCCGUUAAAGUCGAAAGCCUUGUUCCCGGGCUUCCGCAUCCCCAAGAAAAACCACUCGCUCGACAGUCGUGGUGGCAUUCCAGUGAACGCGGAUUGCAGUGGCUGGGGUGACGAUGUCGGCCAGUGCAGUCCAUCCUUUUCUUGUUAUCCAGCCGCCAAGAUGGAAGAGUCUUCUUCAGCAUCUCAGGAUGUGUUUAGUAAAACGAGAAUACAGAAACCGUCGCCCAACUCUCACAUCAAAUCCUGCCUCGUUCCUGGCACUCAGUUUGGCGUCAGUUCGUCAUCUUCUGUGACGAAUUGUGCGCCGUGUCCCGGAACAAACGCCAAUGCGGCCAGCAAUACGACGGAUGAUCUCCAUCGACAACAGUUUACCUGCAUCACCUCGACCAACAAUCAAUCGCCACCGCCAUCCAGUUCGGGUGGUGGUGAUGAACGUCGGUCGAGAAAACAAAAGAGUCCGCGCAAAGGCCUCGAUUCCAGAGACGUUUCCACUAACCUGACAAUCAUGUGGGAGAAGCAAAAGGAUUGGACCUGGACGAAUGAAUGUGAAUUCAACGUGUUGAACAGCCAGCAGGAGCCGUACUGUUGCGUCUGCAGUGUCCUCAGACCUUGGACGCCACAGAAACCUCUACAAUCACCGGAUCAACCACCGAAAUGGUCUGCCGUUGUGUUGCCGGAAGCGCUGUUUGGCUCGGAUCGGCAUGAAAUCACCUCGUCGAUCCUCUUGCGCUGCUCGUCGUGUUGCAUCUGCGUCCACGCCAAGUGUUGCGGACUGGCAGAGUCGACGGUGACCGACAAAUGGAUCUGCCGGCGCUGCGAACGCAGCCCGACGGACCGACAAAUGAUCAAAUGCUGCCUCUGCCAGAAGCGAGGUGGACUCCUCAAAGGGACGACUGACGGCCGCUGGGCUCACGUUGUGUGUACAAUUUGCUUCCCGGGUGUUUCCUUCGUUAAUCCGUACAAUCGCGAGCCCGUCGUUUUCAAUGCACUGGGCUGGAAGGACUACGUGUUCCUGAAUUGUAGCUACUGCUCCAUCAACCAGUCCGAUUACGGCGCCAACAGUGUCACCUGGCAUCACGGCAGCUGCCUUCCUUGUGUCAAACAAUGUGGACGAGCGUUCCAUCCCCUGUGCGGCCUAGUCAACGGUGUACGGUUCACGAUUAGUCAGGAUGGCAACCAGUUGUCCGCCAACUGCUGUUCAACCAGCCACACUCCUCGAUCGACCACAUCCGCUUUCAGAAAGAAGGCUCCUGUUCAUGUGUCUGUCGGCCAACAAGUCUACGCCAAACAUCCCGAAUCGGGUGAAUAUCAUCUGGCUGAUGUGACGGACAAUACUCAGACAGUCACGUACUAUUCUGUCGAUUUCAACGAUGGGACUAACAGCCAAGAUACUUAUCCGGAAGACAUCAAGAAUUACAAUUGCAAAGAGGACGGCCCUCCCCUUGCGGGAGCCGCCGUCGAAGUCUUGUGGACGGACGGCAAGAGCUACGGCGGCCACUAUCGAGGCUUCACGAAGCGUAAACUCUACAGUUUAUCCUUCCGCGACGGAACCAACACCGUCAUCACCGCAGAGAGACCUGAUUUUUAUCAUCCUGACGAGGAUCUACCCAAAGAUCUUAGAAUUCAACUGGACAAGCAAAAGGCAGCAGCAGCGCAAAUGCAACGACUCCAGCAUGCCUGUCCAGCCAUUCAACCUUAAUUGUGUGUUCUUUAAAUCAAACUUGAGUCGUGGCAACUAAAUAAGCCUUUUCUUUCUUUUUUUUUUGUUUUUCUCCUCCUCCCACCUUCUUCAUUAUGAUGUGAACUUAAGUUAUUUCAAACAAUUCGUAUUUGGGCUGGAUAGAAUGAAGACUAAGAAUAUUGAAUCCACCUGUAACCACAUUUAUUUUGUCUUGAGUUGGAAUGAUAUAGCCUUGUGUGUGUGACUUGUAAGAAAAUUGUUACUAACAUGUAAUUUGAAUGACUGCGCGGGAAUGUGACGAUGAUGAUUGUGUUUUUUUUUUUGACUUUUUUUUUUUUUUCUGGAUUCUGAACGAAGGAUAAUAUUGUGUCCCCCCGCCGCUCUAUAGUGUCAAUUUUUUGUCAAUUUUUCUUUUCUUGUUCUCAAAGAAAUACCUCGUUAAUUGCCGGCACCAUAUUUUGAUUGAGUGUUCGUGUUAUUCACACAAACAAAUAACGUAUACAGCUUUGUCUUAUAUUAUUCAUAACCAGCAUUCGAUUGAAAAGAUGAUUUGUUGAGUUUUGUUUCCAUCCUAUUCUCUCGUAUUACUCCAGAAAGACAAGAUUGAAAAAAGAAAUCUGUGUGAACUUCUAAAGGGAGUUAUCAGCUGCUGACUUGGCUGUUUGAAGAAUCGAAUAAAGUAGUCGCAGUAUUAAA